AAUAUACUUUCCAAAAAGAGCUUCAAAAAACUGAAAGUUCCUUUAUAGUAGCAGCUGGGAAGAUUCAUAACUGAAGCUGCAUAUACUGCUAUAUAACACUGUUAUUACUGUUACUACUUAUCUUAUUUCAGCAACAGAGCCUAUUGUGAGCCAGAGAAAUACGAGAAGAAAACAGAAAAUAUCUAUGUCUGACUUGGAGUUUUUUCUUUUUCUUGUUCCCCUAAUCUUUGCUGUACUUAUUGUUCUUAAUCUAUUCAAAAGAAAACAGAAAUUUCCAAAUCUCCCACCAGGAAACAUGGGUUGGCCUUUUCUUGGUGAAACCAUUGGCUAUUUGAAACCUUAUUCAGCUACUACUAUUGGAGAUUUCAUGCAACAUCACAUCUCAAGGUAUGGGAAAAUUUACAAGUCAAAUUUGUUUGGGGAGCCAACAAUAGUUUCAGCAGAUGCAGGGCUGAACAGAUACAUUUUGCAAAAUGAAGGUAGAUUGUUUGAGUGUAGUUACCCGAGAAGCAUAGGUGGAAUUCUUGGGAAAUGGUCUAUGUUGGUUCAAGUUGGACAAAUGCAUAGAGAUAUGAGGAUGAUUUCUCUGAAUUUCUUAAGCAAUGCUAGGCUCAGGAAUCAACUUUUAAGGGAGGUUGAAAAGCAUACUCUGCUUGUUCUUGGUUCUUGGAAAGAGGAUUCUGUAGUUUGUGCUCAAGAUGAAGCAAAGAAGUUUACAUUCAACUUUAUGGCAGAACAUAUCAUGAGUUUAGAACCUGGAAAGACAGAGACAGAGCAGCUGAAAAAAGAGUACAUUACAUUUAUGAAAGGAGUAGUUUCUGCUCCAUUGAAUUUUCCAGGAACAGCUUACAGAAGGGCUUUACAGUCUCGAUCGACAAUUCUUAAAUUUAUCGAGAGAAAAAUGGAGGAGAGGCUUACAGAAAUGAAAGGAGACGAAAGUGACCUACUUGGUUGGGUUCUGAAAAAUUCCAAUCUUUCAAAGGAACAAAUUCUUGAUUUGCUACUAAGUUUGCUCUUUGCUGGCCAUGAAACUUCAUCAGUAGCCAUAGCUCUUGCAAUUUACUUCUUGGAAAGUUGUCCUGCUGCUGUUCAACAGUUAACAGAAGAACACUUGGAGAUUACCAGAGCCAAAAAGGAGUCACGAGUCACAGAAUUGACUUGGGAUGACUAUAAGAAAAUGGAAUUCACCCAAUGUGUUAUAAGUGAGACUUUAAGGCUCGGGAAUGUAGUAAGGUUUCUUCACAGGAAGGCUGUGAAAGAUGUUCGAUAUAAAGGUUAUGACAUUCCAUGUGGAUGGAAAGUGCUACCGGUGAUUUCAGCAGUGCAUUUAGAUCCUUCACUUUUUGGCCGACCUCAGCACUUCGAUCCGUGGAGAUGGCAGAAUCAACAAGGGUCGCCUUCAGCAAACGGAGGAAGCACAGGCACGAGCAGCACAACGAAAAGUAGUAAUAAUUUCAUGCCAUUUGGGGGAGGACCACGGUUAUGUACAGGAUCUGAAUUGGCCAAACUUGAGAUGGCCAUUUUCAUCCACUAUCUUGUCCUCAAUUUCCACUGGCAAUUAGCUGCUUCUGAUCAGGCUUUUGCCUUCCCUUACGUUGAUUUCCCCAAUGGCCUCCCUAUCAGAAUCCAAACAAAUGAUCACUCUUCAUUGUAAAACAACGUCUAGGGUAACAUAUAUACAAGUACUCUAUAACAAAGGGGGAAAAAAAAGCUGAACAAAAGAGACGUUAGGCUCUACCUCAGCCUCUAAUACAUGCAUCUGAAAUUUCUAUUCAGAACUAGAAACAGAAGGAAAUUAUAAAGAAAAUCGCCUUUUGGUUCAUGUAUUACAAAAGAGAGGAUGGUACUUGAACUGGUCAAAUUAAUUAAACCGCAGUUUGUAAAUCUAGCUACUUAUCUAGGGAAGUGAAGCUGCUAUAGUUUUUUGUUCUCUUUUUUAUGUUUUAUUUCUUUUUCUUGUCUGCUUUUUCUUUUCUUUUUCUUACUGUGUUAGUACAUAAUUUUCUGUGUAAUUAAAUACAACAAAAUAUUCUAUUUUCCAUUUUA